AUUGUAAAACACCGCCCAUCUGGUUGAUAAUGUGAAAUAAACCGAAUGUGUCGUUGUUGUUGUUAGUCCAGGUAGACGCAUCGUAUCGUUUUAGAUUUUAAUGUUUUGUUGUUUUUAAUGAAACUGUAAGAGUGAAUUUUCAUCAAGGCUCUGCGGAGGACAGAGAAACUACAGAAAUGACUCGCAGACUUUGAACGGAGGUCCUCUCUAUGGUUUUACGCUGCGUAUUUAGUAAAUGUAGUAUAUGUAGCUGCAGACAUGAAGAUCACAGACAGCGUGUUUCGGAGUUUCAGGGUCGCCAGGACAUAUAGAGAAAAUUCAGAGAAAGUCAACUGUGUGGACUACAGCCCGAAUGGCGAAAGUGCAAUAUCAAGCAGCGACGACGACUGCAUUGUGUUAUAUGACAUCCGGGAGGGAAAACCCGAACGGACUCUGUUCAGCAAGAAGUAUGGAGUGGACCUCAUCCGCUACACUCAUGGAGAUACACAGACAGUCGUCUACAGCUCCAACAAACUAGAUGAUACCAUACGAUACCUGUCGCUGACUGACAACAAGUACAUUCGGUAUUUCCCCGGUCACACUGCAAGGGUUAUUGCUCUCUCCAUGUCACCAGUGGAUGAUACGUUUAUCUCAGGCUCGUUGGACAAGACGAUCCGAAUCUGGGACCUGCGCUCUCCAAACUGUCAAGGUUUGACUAAUCCACUGGGGAAACCUGUAUGUUCCUUUGACCCUGAUGGGCUGAUAUUUGCUGCAGGGGUGGAAUCACAGGCCAUUAAAUUGUACGACCUUCGCGCUUUUGACAAGGGUCCGUUUGCCUCCUUUGAGACGAGGUUUAAUCGUGUCUGUGACUGGACUGGACUCAAAUUCAGUAACGAUGGGAAACAGAUUCUCAUCUCUACAAAUGGAGGGAUGAUCCGUGUCCUUAAUGCUUUCAAUGGAUCCGUGCUGCACACUUUUUCUGGCUACAACAACAGUAGAGGCAUCUCCCUGGAGGCCUGCUUCACUCCCGACUCACAGUUUGUCAUGAUUGGCUCAGAGGACGGGAGAGUCCAUGUCUGGAGCACAGAGAGUGGGAUGAAGGUGGCCGUGCUGGACGGGAAACACCCAGGACCCAUCAACACUCUGCAGUUCAACCCCAGAUACAUGACGUUUGCCAGCGCCUGCACUAACAUGGCCUUUUGGCUCCCGUGUGUGGAUGACUUAUAGUGGGAUUGAGUCAUCGUAUAACACGUUACCGUCAGGCGGUGAUGCAGGGAUACAUUCAUGUGUCGGACUGCCUUUUUGUGGCCUGAUAACAACCUCAUGACUUCAUGUUUAAUGUUAAACGUUUUAUCAACAGUAUUUUUAAACUUGAAAGGGUCGUUACUGCUAUGACAGAACAAAAUACCUCCCAUAAAAGGACAUUUUUUUACACAGUUCAGUGUAAUAUUUUAACCCCAUACCUUGAAACUUCAAAUAUAAUUAACAGAUUAAUCAUCAGUGUUUUUAUUGUAUAAAUAUUUGAUAAUAAACUGUUAAGAAAAGUA